GCUCGUCCGCUUUAGGAAGAGUAAUGGCAGAAAGCUUCUCCCGUAUUCUGUAGAAGAGAGAUAAAGCUAAAAUGGACACGUCAAGUAAUACUCCACAGGUAUGUAACCCACCGAUGAUCGACCUGAUACAUUUCAACGUGGGUGGGACAAGGUUCUCCACAACCUGGGCCACUCUACAAAGAAUUCCCAACUCCAAACUUGGUCGGCUUCAAGAAAGCAUCCACGCAUCGCAACUAGCGCAGACGGAUUUUUUCUUCGACAGAAACCCAGCAGUAUUCGGAAGCGUCCUCGAUUACUACAGGACCGGUGUGCUUCAUCUGCCGGAAACUGUUUGUGGACGUCAGAUUCGAGAGGAACUAGCAUUCUGGGAAAUACCAGCUGGCCUCGUUUCCAACUGUUGUUGGCGGAUUCUAUACAAGGAUGACGGAGUAGAGAAGAAGAUGAGGUUACUAGACAUGGAGCUGCCCGUCUUUCCUAAUGGAAUGCAACUGAUUCAGAAGGCCGAGAAGAUGUCGACGACGAUCUGGAAUCUCCUGGAACAUCCCUCGUCAUCACUGAUGGCUAAGGGAUACCUGAUGUUCUACUUCCUUGUUGUGGUCGUCUCGGUGAUCCCGGACAUGAUAGAUGUCGGAACGUUACACUUCAUUGACCUGACCAACAUAGUGUUCCUGGUGGAUGUCUUUGUUCGCUUCGCCAUGUCACCUAACAAAGCAAGAUUUUUCCUCAGUGUCAUCAACGUCCUUGACAUUCUCGCUCUUAUAGCUUGCGCUGUAAGCGUUUUGUUAACCAUUAUAAUUCUGAUAACGGAAGCGCAACUUUCGAUGGCAGUAUUAGGGGCACUUAGGAUGUUAAAGCUCGUCCGGUUCUACCGCGUCUUGAAGGCCAAUCGUGCACUUGCAUUACUUCUUUUGGCGAUGUUUAAAAGCAAACGCGCGAUUUUUCUGUAUGUCUCAAUCAUGGUGAUCAAUUGCGUCUUCGUUGGACUACUCUUCUUUGCCUUUGAAACUACAGGUGAGAAUUCGCAAUAUAUUGAUAUUUCAGAAUCAAUCUACUGGGCAUUAAUUUCCAUGACAACCAUUGGUUAUGGAGAUAUAUACCCAAUGUCCACUGGUGGUAGAGUCCUCGGCAUUCUCUGUGGCGUUAGUGGGUUAGUUCUACUGGCACUUCCCAUCACAGCCAUUUACAAUAACUUUACUACGCUCUACGCCCACAACCUUGACAGGGAAAGGCACGUAAAUGAUAUUGAUAAAUGUCGGCCGUCUAUUGUACCAGUUUCUCAACCAACACAUGUAUAGCUUGUCAUCAGAAUGUUUGUGACAUGUCAUGGCUUGCUAUAAACAGGAAAGGUUAUUUUAUGUGCCAAGCCAGGUAUAUUGUUUACCUUGAAACAUUAACUUUGUAAUGUCUGACCGAACUUCUGUCAAUAGUAUCAUCCCAGGUGUUUUCAUUCUUCUUCAUUCUCGCGUUAAGCAUGCACCAUCAAUAAUAUUGACAGUUAUGUUGGAAUUCGGGUGUGGAGAUUUAGCAGGGUUUCAUAAAGUGGGCAUUUUAGUUUUUUCCUUUUAGUUUUGUAAGGAGUGUCUUAUGAGAUGAAAAUGUUUGAGAGGGAUUCAAAGGAAAUGUAGGGAUAUGUGCCUUGAGACCCUCGAGUAUUGUGCUUUGUAAUUUUGUUGUUGUUCGGAGGAAAUUGGAGAACUUGUACAGAGUGUGUCGUACUAAUAGACUGUAAUGUUAGAAGUCUUUUUCGUGUGUCGGAUUAUGAUGUCUUUGUAAUCUUUUUCAACGUGUUGGUGCGUGCCGUCUUAUUCUCAGGUUCAUCUGGUCUUCAUUGCUUUUGUGGCCAUUGAAUUGUACUUUAUAUCUGACCGAACUCUUCUUGAUCUGUUUUCCUGUGAUGUAGGUCACACACAAACAGCAGUGCUCAUUGAGGACUAGGUUUGUUGUUUUAAGUCUGAAGUGAUAUUCUUAUAUUUGGUUGACCACAGGCAUUUGGCCUUGUCUAUCAAUAAACUACGUGUACGAACAGACGAUGGAGUAUAUUUUGAUUGACAAACACCAUUAUUAAAAGUUGGGCUCAGGAAUGCCAGACAAAUGACGUUCAGUUACCCCUUGGGUUGCGCCAGCUGCCCGAAAGGACUGCAUAGUUUCUGGAUGGCAUUACAAUAGCAGUGUUUGUGUAUCUGCACUACAGCCUUCUUAUGCGUGUUAUUUACUUGUCAUAAAAAUGUUGUUUGCAACCAUUGAUUUUUUGCAUACCCCUCUUCAACAGGGUAAGAAAAUAAUUGAGAUUUUUUAACCAAAUGUAUUUUUAGUCAGUGAUAUAAAAAGUCACGUGUACAGAUUAAUAAACUAUUUUUGUUAUUCUGAAAUAUAAAAGAAUUUAAAAAAAAAAUAUAAAGUAUUUUCUUACCCUAUGUUGCAAACAACAUUUUUAUACUGAUCAAUUCUAAAUCUAUAAUGUAUAUAUGGAUAUAGAGGCAUUUAUUUUGCCUGCGUCCAUCAGAAUCUUGUCUUAUCUUAUACAAUUCUCUCUGAUAUUAAUUCAGUGUGAAAUUUUUAACAGGUUUAUUAUAUAAUUUAUACCUAAACAGAAGUGCCUGUUCUUUCAUCUUCAUUUAGAAUAAAUCGGUUGUCUGUAAAGCAGUCGUCAAUUUUAGAAGAAAUAUCCUUAUUAGUUAUGUAUACAUAACAUGUUUCAUCAAAUACUGAUUUUACGUGUCGCAUGUAAGUUUUACUGUAGAUAUUGUCGGAACUCUAUUUUAGCGUACAUAACUAUGUUGUACUUACCGUAUUAAAGCGAUUAAACUUUCAAUACCAGCA